AUGGCUUCCAAACAUAGAAUCGCCAUUGUCGGCGCUGGUCCCGGUGGACUUUGUCUCGGCGCACUCCUCCAAAAACAAGGGAUCCCAUAUACCAUCUAUGAACUGCGUGACAAACCGUCAGACAAUAUCAUGUUGAUUCCGUCUGGCAUGCUGGAUCUCCACGACGAUUCAGGCCUAGCUGCUAUCCGAGCCUGCGGGCUCUGGGACCAAUUUUUGGCUCUCACCAACGAUUGCAGCGAAGAUACCCUCAUCAUGGAUGAGGAGGGCAAUCUUCACCACGAGGAUUCUGGGUCUGGUCGUAGCCGACCCGAGGUGGCGCGCAACUCGCUCACUCAGCUUCUGUUGUCGGCCAACAACCCCGAGGCUCUUAGAUGGAACCACAAGCUCCGCAGGGCAGCGAGCAGUUCAACCGGCCAAAUUACGUUGGACUUUGGUGACAAUGGCACCUUUACACACGACCUUGUUGUCGGAGCAGACGGCGCGUGGUCCAAGGUUCGGCCUCUCCUGACCCAUGUCGAGCCUCAACACGGCGGCAUUUAUUACACGACGCUGCACAUCCCCAACGCCUCGGAGCGAUAUCCCCAUCUCGCAGGCCUCGUCGGAAAAGGUACAGGCUUCAUUCUCGGCGGCCAAAACGGCCUAGUCACCCACCGAGGCGUCGGAGGGUCCAUCUGUCUUCAUGUCAGCGCUUCAUCCUCCAACAAGGACGACUUUGCCCAACUCAAAGACAAUACCGAUCCUGCCGUCGUCCGAGACAUGCUGCUCAAUGACCCGAAGCUGUUCCAAGCAUGGCUCCCCGCAUUCCAAGAGCUCAUCAAGACGGCGCUGGACAACGAGUUGACGCCCCGAGAUCCCCGGGUCCUGAAUAUGAGACCGCUGUACAUGCUUCCCGUUGGGCACGCGUGGGAAAAUACGCGAGGCGUGACACUGAUGGGCGACUCUGCGCACCUGAUGAUGCCGUGGGCCGGAGAAGGCGUCAACCUUGCCAUGCGUGAUGCGCUCGAGCUAUCCAAAGCCAUCGUGAGCGCGUGGAACCAGCCAAACUUCCAAGAAGCUAGCCAGUUGUCUACGGCCGAGUAUGAAAAGGAAAUGUUUGCCAGGACCCGCGCAUCCGCCGAGGAGACGUGGUCCAAUUCGAAGCUACUGUUUGCUGACAAUGGGGCCAAGGCCAUGGCUGAUUUGAUGGCCAGCUAUGGGCCGUCCCGUGAGUAG